AUGGACCAAAACAGAGUUGUCGCAGACAGGUUCACUACGAAGCCUGCUGCUGAGGCAUACUCCUGCAGGCAACUAGAUAUUGUUGAUCCCGAUGAAGAAUGUAAGUACGAUCCUUUUAUGGUGACGGAGUACAUUCAGGAUAUUUUCAAGUAUAUGAGGACCAUGGAGGAUAAGUAUCCUAUCAGAAAAGAUUUCCUCAAUGGUCGUGAGACAACCCCGAGGAUGCGGCAAAUGGUCAUCGAUUGGCUAGUAGGAGUGUGUUUGAAUUUUAAUAUGCGUAUUGAAACACUUCAUAUAUGUGUUAGCCUUAUUGAUAGGUACAUACAGGACAACGAGGCGGUACGAAAUAUAUCCCAGUUAGUUGGGAUAUCUGCAUUGUUUAUAGCUGCUAAAUACGAAGAGAUCUACUAUCCCUGCUUGUAUGAUUUGAAGUUUACAUGCAGCUACAUUUAUUCCGAUAGGAAAAUUCUACAGACCGAGAGAGACAUACUGCGUAAGCUCGAUUUCGGCCUGGGUCGCCCGGUAUCUAUUCAUUUUUUGAGGAGGUACGGUCAUAUUGCUAAGGUAAACACUAUUCACCAUGUGCUGGGUAAAUAUAUGUUGGAGCUGGCACUUAUGGAAUAUGAUAUGACCCACGUUAAACCUUCGCUUCAAGCUGCUGCAGCCUGUUGCCUGUCAAUAGGAAUUCUGAAUGGCAUUGGCGAUUUGUCGAGUCUUUGGAAUCCAACCCUCAUCUAUUAUACGGGUUACGAAUAUGCUGACUUCGAAGAAGUUGUAGUUUGUUUAGCAAAAAUUCUGAUGACAAGUGACACUUCCAGUUUUCAAACUAUCAGGAGGAAGUAUGCUGGGCCGGAAUGUCAACAAAUAAGUUUGAAUUCGUUGUUAAAGGGAUCUCUUGUGAGGAGGCUUGUCGUUGCCGAAGACAGGUUCACUAAAAAGUCUGAUGUCGAGUCAUACUACUGCGGGCAACUCGAUAUUGAUGAUCCCGAUGAAGACUGCAGAAAUGAUCCUUAUAUGGUGACCGCAUAUGUUCAGGAUAUUUUCAAAUAUAUGAGAACCUUGGAGGACAAGUAUCCUAACAGGAAAGGUUUCCUCGAUGGACGUGAAACAACUCCGAAGAUGCGAGAAAUACUCGUCGACUGGCUGGUGCAGAUGCCAUUGAAAUUCAAAAUGCGUAUUGAAACACUUUAUAUGUGUGUAAGCCUUAUUGACAGAUACUUACAGGAUAACAAG